UCCUCUUUUCCGAAACACCCUAUGGAGAAAAAGGACGAUCAAUUGUUUUUCAACAAUGGAAUUUAGUCACCACAUGAGCUGCUUCAUGCCUCCAAACCAACCCUAAUCUCUAUCUCCACCGCCACAAUUGAUUUCUCUAUCAGCAGCUAUAAGAUGAACAACCGUAUGUACUCAACUCGAUCAUCCAGCAAACAGCAUCAUGAAGACGCUCUUAUAUUUCUCAAUUUCCUUAAUUUUAUACUCACAGUUUUUAUUCACACAAUCAGCAAAGCUAGAUACGCAAGAAGUGAAGGUACUGAAACAAAUUUGGGGAAAGUUGGGGCUGGAGGACAAGAAUGAAUGGGACUUUGAAAAGGAUCCGUGCAGUCCAGGAAGAUGGAACUUCUUUGUUGUCUGCGAUUGCUCUUUUGAAAGUAAUACCACCUGUCGUGUUACUCAAAUAGCUAUAUCAUCCCAGAAUAUCUCGACUUCCCUUCCAACGGAGUUUACCAAGCUACAGCACCUUCAGAUAUUGGAUCUUAGAUUUAAUUAUCUUAGGGGAACUAUACCAUCUGAAUGGGCUACUAUGCGUUUGAGCAACCUCUCACUCAUGGGAAACCGAUUGUCUGGGCAGUUUCCAACAACUCUCACUAGAAUGACCACACUUCUAGAAUUGAACAUAGAAGCAAAUCGUUUUUCAGGACCCAUACCCAAAGAGAUUGCAAACUUGAAGAAUUUGGACAAGCUUGAUCUAUCUUCAAAUGAUUUCAAUGGACAUCUGCCUGCUGCACUUGGAAAACUUACCAAGCUGACUAAUUUGAGGAUAUGUGACAACAAUUUCACUGGAAGGAUACCGAACUUCAUUAGGCAUUGGACACAAAUUUGGAGAUUGCAUAUACAAGGUUGUUCUUUUGAGGGUCCCCUUCCUUUGAGCAUCUCUGCCUUAACUCAACUGAAGGAUCUGAGAAUCAGUGACUUGAUAGGUGGAGCUUCUACUUUCCCGUCACUAGAGAAAAUGCAACACCUAAGUAUACUGGUACUUCGGAAUUGUUUGAUCCGUGGGACGAUUCCCAAUUACUUCAGGGAUAUGGUAAAUCUGAGUACCAUAGAUCUAAGUUUCAACAAUUUGACUGGCGAGAUACCAUCUUCCUUUUCCCAACUAGAAAAUGUAGACUACAUGUAUUUGAUGAAAAAUAAUCUUACUGGACCUUUGCCUGGAUGGGUCUUCUCAAGCACCAAGAACGUGGAUGUUUCUUAUAAUCAUUUUACCUGGGAUGCUAGUUCUGGUCCAAAAACGUGUGAACAAGAGACAAUAAAUGUGGUGGAGAGCUAUUCUUCGUCAAUAAAUAAACAAAAGAAAAUUCAUCCAUGUCUAAAGAAUGAUUUCCCAUGUACUAAGUCAGAUGCACAAAAAAUCAAUUCUUUGCACAUCAACUGCGGUGGAAAAGAACUAAAUAUAAACAACACUAUAUACGAAUCUGAUAUAGAGAAAAAAGGUGCCUCACCAUAUUACAACGCUGGAAAUUGGGCGUUUAGCAGCACUGGAAACUUCUUAGAUGAUGACCAUGAUUCUGAUGCCAAUAUUCUUUCCAACACAUCUAGUCUCCAUAAUAUAUCCACAUUUGACACCGAAUUAUACAAAACAGCGCGCACCACCGCUAUUUCUCUCACUUAUUAUGGACUGUGUCUUAAGAACGGAUACUACACUGUCAGGCUCCACUUUGCAGAAAUUAUUUUUACCCAGGACAAGUCAUUUAACAGCCUUGGGAAGCGCGUAUUCAAUGUUUAUGUGCAGGGAGAGUUAAAACUAAAGAAUUUUAAUAUAGCAAAAGAGGCUGGAGGUACUGGCAGGGCAGUUGUAAAGAGUUAUACAGUGAAUGUGAAGAACAACACCCUCAAGAUUCAACUUUACUGGGCUGGAAAAGGCACUACUGGAAUUCCAGUGAGAGGAAGUUAUGGUCCGAUUAUAUCAGCUAUAUCAGUUGAUCCGAUAGUAACAUCCUAGUUAUAGAUUUUUAACUUCGAGGAUAUUUUAUUUAUUAAAAUAAUGAUACUUCCUCAUCCAUUAUCCAUUAUGCAGUGGCGGACUUAUAGUAUUAAUAGGGGUAGCACGGGCUACCCCUCAACCCCGUCUCCGUAGUGUAAAAAUACCCUUUAACUCCAUUUUCGUAGUGUAAAAAUACCCCUCAACUCCGUUUCUGUUAUAUAAAGGAUACCCCUGAUCCUAAAAAAAAUUAGGAUACCCC